GCUCUCUCUCUCUCUCUCUUUCGCAUUCCCCGAGUCCUCUUUCAAUUUCACCAAGAAAGCCAAGCCGUACAGUCUCUUCCAAUAUCCCCAAUCUCUCUCUCUCUUUUCUCACGAACCCUAAUCUUUUUCUUCAAGAAUAUUCAAUCCCUUCAAUCCAGGCUACAGAUUUGAAUCGAUCUUUGUGUGUGUGUGUGUGUAUGGCGAACGGUACGGAUUCGGAGGAGUUCGUGUUGUUAUCUCGGGUUCGGUCGGGUCACAAGCGCGAGUUCGCCUUCGCAAUGAAGGCGCAAUCAGAGAUCUGCGGGUCCUUGGGUCGGACCCGGUCCAGGAAGACCCGGAAUGAGGCUGUGGCGACCAAUAGAAGCAAGAAAUUGAAGAAGUCGGAUCCGAAUGACGCCGAAAACGACGAGCUUAUGGAUCAGAAGGCGAAGGAUUUGGGAGAUUUGGGCGAUACGAUGAGCGAGGAGGAAGCGAAAAGCGACGUGGUGGACCUAACGAGCGACGACGAGCCGAAGGGCCACGUUGGAGAAUCGGAAUUGGUCGGAGAAGGGGUUUCCAAGGAGGACACGUCGAUGCCAGUUUUCGACGAGGAAUUGAAGGGUGGAGUGGUUGAAAUGGUUCAGAAUCCUGUGAAAGAAGAGGAAUUAGUGUGUGAAAGCAAGCCGAAUAUGAAUGAAGAAGAGAUGAAGGCGGAACCGGGAGUCGAGAAAACGAAUGAGGAUUUGGUUAAGGAUGAGAAGAUUGAGGGGGUUUUGAUCAAUGAAGAUGUCAAACCGAAGAAUGUGGUUUUAGAGACGCCUUCAAGGAGGUUUACUCGUUCGGCAUUGAAGCCGAGGCAAGAGGAGAAGAGUACUGUGAAAGAGAGUGGUAAGAAAGUGGUUGCAAAUGUUGAUGAUGGAGUAGCUAGUUCGUCCGGUAUGGUUACCACGACUCCAGCUGGUAUGAGAAUGUUGAAAUCUAAGAAGUUUCCAUCCAAGUUGAAGGAUUUACUCGAGAUGGGUAUUCUUGAGGGAAUGCCAGUUAAGUAUGUCCGGGGUGUCAAGGUUAGAGUAGCUGGAGAAACUGGGCUGAAAGGUGUGAUUAAAGGUUCUGGGAUAUUGUGUUACUGUGCCAAAUGCAAAGGGGUUGAAGUUCUUACACCCACCGUGUUUGAGCUGCAUGCUGGCAGUGCAAAUAAACGUCCACCGGAGUAUAUUUACCUGGAGAACGGGAAUACUCUUCGUGAUGUCAUGAAUGCAUGCCUAAAUGCUUCGUUGGACACGUUGGACGAGUUUGUCCGAAGUGCUAUUGGUUGCACUGCUUUAAAGAAAUCGUCCAUCUGUUUGAAUUGCAGAGAGCCUAUUCCUAAAUCUUACAAUGGGAAGUCAAUGCUGCUAUGUGAAUCAUGUGUGGAUUUGAAAAAGUCUCAAGUCACCCUAGCUCAAACAAUUGAUACCAUCAAUAGAUCACCAAAACCAGUUUUGGUUCCAAAGUCUUCUGAAAAUGUUUCAAAGUCAUCUGAAAAUGUUUCAAAGUCAUUUGACAAUGUUUCAAAGUCAUUUGACAAUGUUUCAAAGUGUAACUCAUCUCGAAGUAAGAGCCAGGGAAGAAUUACUAGAAAGGAUCUACGCUUGCAUAAGUUGGUUUUUGAAGAAGAUGUUCUGCCAGAUGGGACAGAAGUGGCAUAUUAUUCUCGUGGACAGAAAUUGUUGGUCGGUUACAAAAAGGGAAAUGGAAUCUAUUGUACUUGCUGCAACUCUGAGGUCAGCCCCUCACAGUUUGAAGCUCAUGCUGGUUGGGCAUCACGUCGCAAGCCUUACCUACACAUUUACACAUCUAAUGGAGUGUCUCUGCAUGAAUUGUCUAUAUCGCUUUCAAAAGAUCGGAAAUUCUCUACCCAUGAAAAUGAUGAUCUCUGCACCAUCUGUGCGGAUGGAGGGGAUCUCCUGUGCUGUGAUGGAUGCCCGCGGGCCUUUCACAUAGAGUGCGUCCCUCUACCAAGAAUUCCGAGUGGUACUUGGUACUGUAGGUAUUGCCAGAACGUGUUCCAGAAAGAAAAAUUUGUGGAGCGUAAUGCUAAUGCUGUAGCUGCUGGAAGGGUUGCUGGAGUUGAUCCUAUAGAACAGAUAACCAUGCGAUGCAUUCGUAUUGUCAAAACUCCAGAGGUUGACUUUGGUGGAUGCGCAUUAUGCAGAGGCCAUGAUUUCAGCAAAAGUUUUGGUCCUCGCACGGUUAUUUUCUGUGACCAGUGUGAAAGGGAAUAUCAUGUUGGCUGUUUGAAGGAUAACAAUAUGGAGAAUCUUGAGGAACUGCCAAAAGGGAAGUGGUUCUGUUGCAUAGAGUGCAACAAGAUUCAUUCUGCUUUAGAAAAUUUGGUUGUUGAAGGAGAACAGAUGCUUCCAGACUCACUUCUGAAUGCUAUAAGGAUGAAGCAUGAAGAGAAAGGUUCAGACAGUGAUGCUAAUUUUGAUAUAAGAUGGAGGGUUCUUAAUUGGAAAUUGGUUUCUUCUGAUGAAACUAGACAGUUGCUAUCUAAGGCUGUAUCCAUUUUCCAUGAACGUUUUGAUCCUAUAGUUGAUUCCGCUUCAGGUCGUGACUUUAUUCCAUCAAUGAUAUAUGGAAGGAAUAUCCGUGGCCAAGACUUUGGGGGGGUUUACUGUGCUGUACUAACAGUCAACAAAUCAGUUGUGUCAGCUGGAAUGUUUCGUAUAUUUGGGCAGGAAGUGGCGGAGCUUCCUUUAGUAGCAACAGAUACUGAUUAUCAAGGACAGGGUUACUUCCAGUCCUUGUUUUCUUGCAUUGAGAGGCUGCUUAGCUCUUUAAAUGUGAGAAACCUUGUGCUACCAGCUGCUGAUGAAGCAGAAUCAAUAUGGACAAAUAAAUUUGGUUUUAAUAAAGUAACCCAAGAUGAGCUCAACAAGUUCAAGAAACAUUACCAUACUGUUAUAUUCCAAGGGACAUCAGUGCUGCAGAAGUCAGUCCCUGAAUUUGCUGAAUUAUUGAUAUGAGAGGAGAGAUCUUAGUCAGUGGAAAUUGUAGAAAACUAGAGCAGGUUGUUGGGAACUUGCAAAAUUUUGAAAUGUGAAGUGUUCUAACUGUUGGUUUUGGCAA